CCGGCCCGAAUUAAUAGUGACGGCACUAUGUGAAAGACAUUUCACUCACCCUUUUUGCUCGUAAUUUUCCCGGAAAAUAAAAAUUCCCAGGGAAUCGAACAAACUCCAAUAAUUGUGAUACAGAAUGGCAGAGGCAAACGCUAUAGAAGAGAAAAGCGUGACACUGGCGGAAGGAGACGAAAGCGAGAAGAGCGUGAGCAGGAAGGAGAAGAGAAAGCUGGCGAAGAAGAAGAAGAGGAAGGAGAAGCGGAGGGAAAUAGCGGAGAAGGAGAGAGAAGAGGCGGAGGUGAGAGCAAACGAUCCGGAGGAGCAGAGGAAGUUGGAGAUGAUGGCGAAGGAAGCGGAGGAAGAGAGAAAGAGAGCGUUGAAGGAGUUUGAAGAGAGAGAGAGGAUCUUGAUUCGAGAAAUGGAGAUGAAGAAGGAAGAGGAGGAGAGAUGGAAGAUGCUGGAACAAGAAAGGGAAGAAGAAGAAGAAGAGAUUAAGAAAAAGCUGCAGGUUGAAAAGGAGAAUGAGUGUAGUGAGGAUGACGAUUGGGAAUAUGUUGAAGAAGGGCCUGCAGAAAUUAUAUGGCAAGGAAAUGAGAUAAUUAUCAGGAAGAAGAAGGUCAGAGUUCCAAAGAAGGAUGUGAACCAUUUUAGUGGAAAAGAGGUAGGUGAUGUUGAUAGGCCUACAUCGAAUCCUCUUCCCCCGCAAACUGAAGUUUUCGCUGAUUACCAGAAUGCACAACAGGCAUUAGAGAAUGUUGCCAGACAAGUUCCAAACUUUGGGACUGAACAGGAUAAAGCUCAUUGUCCUUUCCAUUUAAAGACUGGAGUUUGUCGGUUUGGUCAGAGUUGCAGCAGAGUUCAUUUUUAUCCUGAUAAAUCAUGCACUCUGCUUAUCAAGAAUAUGUACAAUGGUCCUGGCCUUGCUUGGGAACAAGAUGAAGGGCUUGAGUAUACAGAUGAAGAAGUUGAAUGCUCGUAUGAAGAAUUUUAUGAGGAUGUGCACACAGAGUUCUUGAAGUUUGGAGAAAUUGUGAAUUUCAAGGUGUGUAAAAAUGGUUCCUUCCACUUGAAAGGAAAUGUCUAUGUUCAUUAUAUGUCGCUGGAAUCAGCUGUUGAUGCUUAUCAUUCUGUCAAUGGCCGAUAUUUUGCUGGCAAACAGGUCAAAUGUGAAUUUGUCAAUGUGACAAGAUGGAAACUCGCCAUAUGUGGGGAGUAUAUGAAGUCAAGACUAAAGACAUGUUCCCGUGGAAUGGCAUGCAAUUUUAUCCACUGUUUCCGCAACCCUGGUGGAGACUAUGAAUGGGCUGAUUGGGAUAAACCACCACCAAAAUAUUGGGCGAAGAAGAUGGCUGCUUUAUUUGGUUAUACUGACGAUAUUGGGUACUGGAAACAGAUGGAUGAAGAUUUUUCACGGCACAUGAAGAACUCUAACAAGAUAAAUGCAAUGGAAACCGACAGGCUUCAGUCCCAAAGAUCUAAAUCCAGGGAGAUGGAUCGUGUGAGAAGUGUGUCCAGGAGAAGUCAUGAUGGUGAUGAAGAUGAUGUUAGGGAGAGCACUCACAGUCGUAGGAACACCAACGACAAUAGAAAGCGAAUCAAACUUCUUGACUACAAAUUUCCUGAAGAAAGUUCAAAGUUCAAGGAUUAUUAUUAUCAUGAGAGCAGAAGCGACGAGACUAGUUCUGAUGGAAGCUGGUCGGAUAGGGAUAGAGACAGAGAUAGAGAUAGAGAUAGAGAUAGGCACCGUGGCCACACAAGGAAAAGCCGAAAGCGCAGGAGCACUGUCUCAGAAAAAUCAAGUGAUUAUAGGGAUACCAAGAGCCAAACUCAUGAAGCUGAUUCUGAUUGGAGUUUGUCAGAUGGGGAGAGAAACACAAAAACUCGCCAUGUUCAUGCCAAGAGAAGUUCGAGAUAUACCAGCAGAUGGGAAGUACAAGAUAAUGGAGACAGUGAAAACAGAACUCGCGAAGAUUAUGGAGAAAGAGAUCAUAGUCACACUGGGAAAAGGUCAAGAGUCAGUGACAGGUGUAGGACGUUGGAUCCUGAUUCAGGAGAUGAUUUGCUGGAUAGGGACAAAGAGAGACGCUGUAGUCAUGAAAGGAAACGCUCAAGGAAAGGCGACGCAGAACACAAACAUUCAAGUAGAAAAUCUCAUUCAAGGAAAGAGAGCAGCAAAUCAAAAUAUCGACAUUCGAAAUCAAAUGAAGACCAUGAAUCCAGUAGUUCAGAUGAGUAUGAUGAAAGACGUAAAACCAUUAACAAGAACGAUCGCUGGAAACUGGUAAGUCCUGAGGAAGAUCGAAAAUCAAGGAGAAAGACUACUAGUGUUCAGAGUCACAAAUCUGACAGUCCAGGUCGUUAUAAUGGAAGAAGUAAAUCUCAGGAUCUCAACUCAGAAUACUGUUACAAUGAAAUGAUCAAUGGUGGUGACUUGGAGUCAAAAGAAGAUAAAUCAAGGGGCAAAAGCCGUUCAAGUCUUGAGAAGAACUAGCUCGGCGUAUGGGAUUACGAGUAUCUGGAAACUCUGGAAAUGAUGCAUUAUAAGAAUGCAGAAUAGUUUUUAAGGCCAAAAAUGAGCAUAGAAGCAGUUAGCACUUCAAGAAUUUAAGUUUCCCGCGAUGUGUAUAUACUUGCUAGUGGGAAGAUUUGAUGUUCAAUCAGAUUGUCUCUUUUUAAUUCAUAAAUUUGGCCAAUAGCUGCUGAUUGAAUUAA